UUCGGUUUCUGACGCUUUGAUCCGUCCAUAAAAUUUCCCAUGACUGCUUCUCUUAUCUGUUGAAAUUACAAAUUUAUGAAGUUCCCAGAAUCCGCGACCCGUUAUCCGUCUUUGAUGGGUAAGAAGGUAUGGGAAAUGAGGAUCCUAACAUUGUUUUUGUGGUGUAGGCUAACGUGCCCCGCCUCCGUUCCCGUUAGGGUUCCGAUGUGUCCCAAGAAUUCCGUUCUUGAAGCGGUCUUUGACUUUGGUGGCCCCUUUUGCUCCAUUAACUCUGAAUUUAACGAGUCUAUCGAUUUCGUUGGAGUCACCGAGGGAGAUGAGAUUUCAUUGCAAAGGGCGCUUGACAUGGUCCAGAGGAACAGCCAUGAAUUUGUAGCAGUUCUUUUCUAUGCAUCUUGGUGCCCUUUUUCAAGAUCUUUUAGGCCGAGCUUCACGAUCAUUUCAUCUUCCUAUCCUUCCAUUCCUCAUUUUGCUAUAAAAGAAUCAGCUGUCAGGCCCAGCAUACUCUCGAAGUAUGGAGUAUAUGGGUUUCCUACUCUUUUCCUUUUAAAUUCUAGGAUGCGCGUACAUUAUCAUGGAAACCGGUCUGUUGAAUCAGUCAGUGCUUUCUAUAAUGAUGUCACUGGCUUUAAGAACAAAUCUCCGGAUAGAACACUGCUGGACACAAUCCGACAUGAGAAGCACAAUAUCACUGAGCAGGAAAGCUGUUCAUUCUCCUGGGCAAGAUCUCCACAGAAUUUACUUCAACAAGAGACGUACUUGGCCUUAGCCACCGCUUUUGUUCUUUUAAGGUUGCUAUACCUGUUGUAUCCAACUUUACUAGUAUUCGCUCACUUCACUUGGAGACGGCUGAAUCGAAAGGUGAAGUUGGGGACCAUGUUGGAACAUCCGAUGGCUUAUCUGAAAAGAAAAUUUCAGUUCAUUUCCUUGAAAGAGCCCUGCAAGAGAAGCAACUUGCAAGGUGCAAUGAAUGCUAGAGCAUGGGCUUCUAAAUCCCUUGCUACCGUUGCAAUCGGUGAUGCUAAUUCUAGCUGGCCUUCGCCGAUGAAUGGAUCUAUCUGACCCUUUUAGCUGGUGUGGCUCGGGUGUUUCAGGUAUUCCUCCACAGCUUCUUUGGUGUUUAGCUUCGUGAAUUAUGUGAUUGAAUGUUUUGAUGCUUUAAUAGUUAAAUUUCAUUUGUUGAUAUUAUUUUAGAAUACAUUAUCUUCCUCCAUAAAUUUGUGGAUAUUUGAGUAGAGCAGGGUAUUACUAU